UAGUAUUCCGCACUUCUCAAGAAUCUGGUAAUAUUUGACAAAAGCCUGUUAAAUUCUGUCAAACGUGCUUAAACAAAUUAAAAAUGAAUAGAAAAAUGUACAUGUAAAGCAUAUUAUGGAGUAAAUUUAAUAUAUAAGGAAACAUAACGGUGUGUCAAAUUUUUUGUUAGAGAAAAAUGGGAAAUACAAUAACUGUUGCUGAAGUAACCGCCUGUCAGAUUCUUCAUCCAAAUGAUCCAAUCUGUAUUCCCAAACACUCUGUGCACAAUUAUGAGAAGAGAAUCCCGGAAGAGUGCCCCAUGCACAAAAAGAGGCGUACUGAAUUGGUGUGCCCUGCGGAGCAAUGUCCUAUCUCUAAAGGGGAUCGACGUGGGAUUAAUCCUCUAAAUAUGAUGGAGCCAGCUAAUCAAAAUCCUUCACCAGGUCAACCUUUUUCUUUGUCCAAAGAGAGACAAGUCUCCUGCAUUCCAAAAGCUGUUUUCAAGGAGGGCGAAAAUCCAUUUUGGGUAUAUCCCAGUCCACAGAUGUUUUGGAAUGCGAUGCUCAGGAAGGGUUGGAAAUGGAAAGAUGAGGAUAUUAGUCAGAAAGAUAUGAACGAUAUCAUUAAAAUUCACAAUGCUAACAACGAACAAGCUUGGCAGGAGGUACUCAAGUGGGAAGCGUUACAUGCCCACGAAUGUAGAGAUCCUAGAUUGAAAAGUUUUGGAGGUAAGGCAUCAGAAUACAGUCCCAGGGCCAGGAUUAGACAAUUGCUGGGUUACGAGCUACCUUUCGAUAGGCACGAUUGGAUCAUAGACAGAUGCGGAAAGGAAGUGAGAUAUGUUAUCGAUUAUUAUGAUGGCGGUUCGAUAGAUGAUAAAUAUAAGUUCGCCCUGUUAGAUGUUAGGCCUGCAAUGGACAGUUUCGAAAAUAUUUGGGACAGAAUGAAAGUAUGUUGGUGGCGAUGGUUCUACAGCGACGAAUAAAACGCAUGGCCCUGAUGUAGCUUGGAAAAAGAAGAAAGUAAAAGUCUGUUGGAGAGGAAUUUCGUGUUUGUCCGUUAAUUGAACUUUGAACUUGGUUUUCAAGGGUAGCUGAAAUACCUAAUGUCAGAUUGUCCAGCAUUAAUGUAAAUAAAUUAAGGAUAAUGUUGUAAA